GUUCGUUGGAGAAGGUUUGGUUGGAGCAUUUAUCCAUAAAAAUUCCGUGUUCUUCUCUUUCUCUGUCGUCUCUUUUCGCAGUAUCGAGAGACAGGUAGAGCGGGAGGAGGAAGAAAGCGACAAGCAAAGUCGAUCGAGGGUUUGGAAUGGUUGUGGAAGCCGAUCGGAUCUUCUUAGACUUUGUUCGCCGGAAAUUGUAGGAUUUUCCGGCGGAUCGGCGGGAAGAUCGACGUCCUACCUGGUAGUACACCUGGAGGGAAGGAGGAAGAGUGCUAGGGCUUGCUUUUUCCUCUUCCUUACGUACCAUUUUUGAGGAGCGAUAUUCGCAUUUUCCUUGCGAUGAGGGGAAAAGGGGGUGCUUUGGUGGUUCUCCACGGCACGGUUCCCGAGGUUUCGUAAGACCCCUGUCUUGUGCCGUAAUCCAUCCAUUCGAAACCUGAAGCUUUGGGCUUAAAUGCGCUAGGCGACACUCUUUGCUGCGUGUCGCGGCGAGCAACCGAAAUUUCACCGAUAGCAGACGGGGGAUCGCAGGCUGACAGGCGUCUCGGAUUUCUGGAAGUCACGAUCCGGUAAUUGUUGCUAGUCGCAAGUGCUAGAUGUCCUUUUGAUUGUUCAAGGAGUUGGAGCUGCGGAUUAAAGAAGUGGCUGCUUUGGAAGGCUUAGUUUCGGAUUCUCAGAAAUGCAGAAUGCCAUCUGAUAUCGCGAACAGAAAUCUGGUAAAUCGGCGCGACUUUGAGAACAGAAUGGAGCAAAAGACUGCAUCCUCCCCGCAUGUUUCACGCCUGGGAACAUCCUUCUUUGCUGAAGAUGUCCACUUCCCUGUAGAGAGGCAAAUUGGUUUCUGGAAGAAUGAGCCAUCAUCAGACAUCCGAGGCACAGGACCGAAUGUUAUAUCACUGAUGUCAACCAGGAAUGCUGUUUCUUCCUCUCCACUUGAAAGCUUUGGACUGAUUGGAGCACGCUCAUUAGACUGUAUAGAAAAAAUGCCUUAUCCUAUCAAAGAGCAGAAAGUCAAGACAAUCCCUGAAAGGAAUGUUAUUGGAUUUGAAAGAGCAGCUGCAUUGUCAAGUGCUUCUUGGGGAACUUCAGACAAGAACUUUGCCAGCCAAGCAAACUUCUGUUUAAAGCCUUCGUCGUUGUUUACGGAAAACAGCAAGGUUGAUAAGAUCAAGCCUCAGCAUGAAAGUGGCCUCUUUUCUAGCUCUUUGUCAGAAAUAUUUGAAAAGAAAAUGAGGAUAUCAUCUCGUGAUGAUGUAUUUGGUCACUCUAUAGAUACUGCUACCGCUCAUUUUGAGGAGGAUGAACCUUUUGAGUCUCUCGAUGAGAUAGAGGCACAAACAAUUGGAAAUCUGCUCCCUGAUGAUGAUGAUUUAUUUUCUGGAGUUAUUGAUGGAACUGAUUUUGUUUCUAAAACUAAGAAUGGUGAUGAUAUGGAAGACUUUGAUUUGUUCAGCAGUGUAGGUGGAAUGGAAUUAGAAGCUGAUGACAGUCUGACCUGUUAUGGAAACAAUAAGACCGCUGACCUUGUUGGUGUUAUUUCAAACAGCCAGCAGAUAGGAUCAAAUGGAUCCUUUGCUGGAGAACAUCCUUAUGGUGAGCAUCCUUCUAGAACAUUAUUUGUCAGGAACAUUAACAGUAAUGUGGAAGAUGCAGAGCUACGUGCUCUAUUUGAGCAAUACGGUGAUAUUCGUGCGCUUUAUACUGCUUGCAAACAUCGAGGUUUUGUUAUGAUUUCUUACUAUGAUAUAAGAUCAGCACGUAAUGCUAUGAGAGCACUUCAGAACAAACCAUUGAGACGCCGCAAGCUUGACAUACACUUUUCCAUACCAAAGCAGGACAAUCCUUCAGAGAAAGAUAUAAAUCAGGGUACACUUGUGGUGUUCAACCUUGAUUCUUCUGUUUCCAAUGAUGAUCUUCGCCAGAUUUUUGGUGUUUAUGGUGAAAUUAAAGAGAUUCGCGAAACACCUCACAAGCGUCACCACAAGUUUAUUGAAUUUUAUGAUGUAAGAGCAGCUGACGCAGCUCUGAGAGCUUUAAAUAGAAGUGAUAUUGCAGGGAAGCGGAUAAAGCUGGAGCCAAGCCGUCCUGGGGGUGCAAGACGGUGUCUGAUGCAACAAAUAUCUCAUGAUUUGGACCUUGAGGAAGCUAAUUUGCUCAGGCAUCAAGGAAGCCCCUCGAACAACUCGCCUCCAAGUUGCUAUGGAUCGCUCUCAAACAGAUCGAUUCCGGCAAGUUGUCCUGAAAAUGAAAGUAUUCAGGGUUCUAGUCUAUCCAACCGGCCAACUGUUAAUCAAUUCAUUGACUCCGCAUUCCAGGGGCUUUCCACUUCCAGUAUUGCACCACCCUUAUCACCACCAGUUGGCAUUGCACCUGUCGGUAAUAAUGGCAGCCAGUCGAACUUGGGGGAGCUCAAUCACUCACUGGGGCAUAUGAAUUUUGGUUUCCAAGGCAUGCCAGGCUUUCAUCCUCAUUCACUUCCUGACUACAAUAUCAUGAGCAAUUCUCUCCCAGGCGGCUCACCAGCAACUGUGUCAGCCAUGACUGCAAAUAUUAAUCCAAGGCAUACUGAAGGGAUUGAUGGGCGACACAUCCAAAGGAUUGGACUUAAUGGGUUUCAGGGCCAUUCAUUUGAUCUGAGUGAAGGAAAUGGUAGUUGCCCGGUGCAUGGCCACCAGAUUUUGUGGAGUAAUCAGAGCUCUUACCAACCACAGAUGCCAAGCCACAUGAUGUGGGGAAACUCUCCAUCAUUCAUUAAUGGCCUGACUGGUCGUCACCAACCCCAACUGCAUGGGUUCCCAAGAUCUCAAGCGCAUAUGGUCAACACAGCUUUGCCUUCACCUCACCACCAUGUGGGCUCAGCUCCUACUGUUAACCCUUCCCUUUGGGACAGACGACAUGCCUUUGCUGGGGACCCUGGUGAGCCAACGGGUUUUAUUCCUGGAUCACUUGGAAGCAUGGGCUACUCUGGGAGUCCAGGUGUGCAUCCGUUAGAAUUUGCUGCUUCAAAUAUGUUCUCCCAUGUUGGUGGAAACAUUUUGGACCCUUCGAUUUCUGCUGGCAAUGUGGGAUUACCCUCCCCACAGCAGAGAUGCCACAUGUUCCCAAACAGAAACCCUAUGAUUUCUAUGCCACCUCCAUUUGAAAGCUCUAAUGAGAGGAUUAGGGGACGGAGAAGUGAUUCAAGUAAUCAAACUGACAAUAAAAAACAGUAUGAACUGGAUAUUGACCGCAUAUUACGUGGUGAAGACACAAGGACAACCCUUAUGAUCAAGAAUAUUCCAAACAAGUACACUUCCAAGAUGCUGUUGGCUGCUAUUGAUGAACACCAUCGAGGAACUUAUGAUUUCAUCUAUCUGCCCAUUGAUUUUAAGAACAAAUGCAAUGUUGGUUAUGCGUUCAUUAACAUGAUUGAUGCCAUGCAAAUUGUUCCUUUUUAUGAGGCAUUUAAUGGCAAAAAGUGGGAGAAAUUUAAUAGCGAGAAGGUAGCAUCUCUUGCUUAUGCUAGAAUUCAGGGAAAAGCGGCUCUAAUUGCUCACUUCCAGAACUCAAGCUUGAUGAAUGAGGAUAAGCGUUGUAGGCCCAUUCUUUUCCACUCCGAUGGUCCAAAUGCAGGUGACCCGGAACCAUUUCCUAUGGGCGUCAAUAUCCGAACCAGACCUGGGAAACCACGUAACAGUGGAGCUGAAGAAGGCCAGGGGAGCCCGUCGACCUCUCCAACUAGAGAGGAAAUAACCAACGGAGCUACCUCCGUCGGUGGUUCAACGAAGGAUGGAGAAUGAGCAAUUCCAGGAACUAGAAAAUGAGAAUAAUCAGUUCAGUUGAAACUGCUUUGUUUAUUAUCAGAGACAACAUAACGUGAGAGAGAGAGCGAGAAGAAAAGAGGAUGGUAAUCACUUACGUCUUGCGCCUGACAGGGUUCUGGUAAAUGGUGUUGCAGAACCAGAAGUUUUGGAGACUACCUGUUAUUGAUGGAUGCUCCUUUUCCCUCUUUCCUCCUUCCAUUUUAACUUUGUAAAUCAAGGCUAUUGUGAGAGACGGAGCCUGUGAUUUUUGAAUGGGCGUGACAAAAUGUACAGCAGGAAUUCGAGUGAGAGAGGGUUAAUUUUGGCGUGACCGGGCUUCCUUUUUUUUUUUUUUUUUUUAAAUUUUUUUCUCCUUGUGUGGAGCCGCUUGGGCUGUUUUUGGGUGAGAGCUGCCCUCGUUGAAUGAGGUUGGCUAGUUGUGUUACUUGUGUACGUGUAUGUGUAUGUGUCUUGAAAACAAGAAACAUAUGGAGCUUCUGGGGUUGCGGUCCUCUGCAAAUUGUACUUUGCUGUACUUAUGGUAUAUGGUACAUUUAUUCAGCCAACUUAGUUACUUGGAGUUGUAUAAAUAAAUAAAAGAAAGACAAGUUGAUGUCUAA